GUGUUCAAUAUUCUUAAUCACUUAAAAGUAGUUCCCGAUAAACUGUUCUAAAAAGCAUGUGAUUCUAACUUCUCACUUUCUAACAUAGAAAAAUGUAGGAAGAACCUGGAAAAUAUUUAGAAUCUCUGGAGUAUUCCUAAAAUAGAAGAUGUAAGAAGUGACCAUAUGAAACUUCUUCUAACGUUGAGGAAAUGUCGGGAAAAGAUGAUAGGCCUCGUGCCAGUACUCUGGACGAAGACUGGAUGAAGAAACUAAGAGAACUGCACCCAGUAUCACCCCCACGAUCUGGCUCUGAUCCACUAGCUAAGAUCGUGUCUAGACCAACACACCUGACUAAACCUACUAGCGACCGAAACGAGACAGUCUCGCGACACGAGACUGUCUCUCGACACGAGUCACGAGACAGACAGAGGACAGACAGUGGAGCCAGUAAUGAUCCUAGACAUCACCUUCACCAUCAACAAAGUGAUCCUGUUGCUUCCACCAACUUCCUGGACGUCUUACGACAGCCCUCAAAACCACGCCACAAAAGUGACAGUGAUUACCGUUACGUGAGGUCUGACAGUGCUGCUAAAACUUCUCCCCCAACUGAGAAGACCAGGACCAACAGGCAACACAGUAAACAAGCAGCCCCCUACUCUGCACAUGGAAAGAUGGAGAAAGACCCGAGAAUAUCGAACUUAAACAGGCUCCAUACGCGAGCAUUCGCUCAUAUUGAUGCAGCGCUCAACUAUGACGAGCAAAAAGAUGAGGAAAAUGCCAUAGCAGAGUACAAGAAAGGGCUCAAUAUCAUGGACGACGCUUUAAAGAUGCCUGUAAACAACAGCGACUGUGUUGGACGUGACUGGGAUAAAGCAAGACUUCUUUACAAGAAAAUGGAAGCUAAUAAAUCCAAUAUAAAGGGCAGACUUGACAAGUUAGUGGUGGAGAAGCUGGUUCGAGAUGGUGGAAAUGCGCCAAAGUCCAGUGUCCCAAAGUCCAGUGUCCCAAAGUCCAUUGGAAAGAAGCCGUUACUCCGAAAAUCAAGUCGCGACGUCUUAGAUUCUAAAAGGAUGGGCGUGAAAAAGGCCACCACCCCUGUUAACGCCAAAUGCACAUGGGGUGGCACCCCAACCCCAACUCCCACUUCGGCUUAUUCUCGUCCCGGUGCCAGAAUCUCCCGCACGUCUGUUCCCAAGACCCCUGUUGGGGCUGCUGGUCACAUCAGCUCCUGCAAAGCUCUCAAAAACAUCGACAGCAAGUUAAAGAAUAUUAUACUCGACGAAGUUGUGUCAGAUAAGCCGGGAGUGACGUGGGGCGAUAUAGCCGGACUUGACAACGCCAAACAAACCCUCCAGGAAAUAGUGAUAUUACCUACGCUAAGACCGGACCUAUUCAAUGGACUGAGGGCUCCUGCCCGGGGUCUCUUGUUGUUUGGGCCCCCUGGUAACGGUAAAACUAUGUUAGCUAAAGCUGUGGCUACUGAAGCCAGCUGUACAUUCUUCAACAUCAGUGCAGCGUCACUGACCUCUAAAUACAUCGGUGAUGGAGAGAAAUUAGUGAAGGCUCUGUUUGCAAUAGCUACAGAGAUUAGUCCUGCUAUAAUAUUCAUUGACGAGAUUGACUCGCUCUUGACUGAAAGACGGGAAAACGAACACGAGGCUACUAGGAGACUAAAAACAGAGUUUCUUGUUCAGUUUGAUGGAGUUGCUUCACAACAAGACAAGCGGAUCUUAGUAAUGGGAGCCACAAACAGACCACAAGACCUGGACGAUGCUGCUCUGAGACGACUUGUAAAACGUGUUUAUGUUCCUCUUCCCGAGGCUAAAACCAGAUUCAUGAUAAUACAGAAGCUACUUGAUAAGCAUUCCGCACCGCUAACCGAAGAUGAAAUGUCAAUACUUGCCAGAAAGACAGAGGGAUACAGUGCAAGUGAUCUGACAGCUCUAGCACAGGACGCAGCGUUCGGACCCAUAAGGGAAAUAGCCCCUGACAAAGUAAAGGAUAUCCCCGCCAAUGAAAUCAGAAAAAUACAGUUUUCUGACUUUGCGAACAGUCUUAAAACUAUCCGACCCAGUGUUAAUAAGGACUCGCUAGGUGGGUUUGAGAAAUGGAACAACGACUAUGGAGCGAAAUGACAGCGUUCAUUUUUUAGUGCGGUUUUCCGAGAUGAGAAUGCAAGUUGCAGUGCAAGAGUGCAGUUAACAUAUGCACGUGCUCAUUACAGUGACCACACGUGCUUGAUUUGGUUGUGUGACACGUUCAGUAGUAGAUGUAAUGAAUUGGCGAUUUAUACGUUUUUGUAAUAGUGGUGGGGACAGAUAAUUUAUCUUUUUUUGGUAGAUCUUAAUUCUAUUUGGCCUCAAUAAAUUUAUAUUUAAGUUAAUUAAGACUUAAUCACUGCUAUCAUUACAUAUUUAGCUGGUUUGUGGGUCGAUGAGCAAUAUUGAAAUAUUGUUAUCUUCGUGAUUGACGACUAGUUUUUAUCUUCAGUUAGAUUUUAAUAAGAAUCGUUGCAAUAAUGAAUAAUUAUGUUACGAUUUAGUUUCACUUCUAUUUUGUGAUAUAAUGUAUUAUAAAUCAUUCAAGUGAGGUGUUACAAUUCUUUUUACAAUUAAAAACCGUUCAA